GGUUCCUAUUCAAUCACGCCCUGCUCUGCAAUAUAAAUCUGUCACGUGUCUAUCAUUUUCCAUCGUCGGACUCGGAGUUAAAAUAUAAUCAAGCAAAGAUCUUUGAAAUCAAGGAGCAAUAAGCUUUACCACGGAAACACAUCAGCUAUAUAAAUCUGGUAUAUAGGUAGGCCUGUUUCCCUUCUUCAUUGUGUUUUUCACUUGGAUCCUUUCUAUCAUGAGAUCUUCUUUCACAUCGCGUUUCAAUCUCAUAAGAAAUCACUUUAAGCCAUCGCUUCAAGCUACUCAUUCAAGAUCCUUUAGAGCUUCUUCAAAAAACAACAUGACAAAAUUUGAUAUCAAUUCAAAGCUUCGUAUGAACUCGGGAUAUGACAUUCCUAUCCUGGGCUAUGGGGUUUACCAAACUCCGGCAUCUCAAUGUGAAGAUCUAGUGACCAAAGCUUUUGAUGCGGGUUAUCGUCAUGUUGAUUCAGCUGCGGCAUAUCGAAAUGAAGGACCUUGCGCCAUUGCAAUUCAGAAAUCCAGCAUUCCACGAGAAGAUAUCUUCUUUACUAGUAAAAUCCCACCUCGUGCCUUGAGCUAUGAGAACACGAAAGCACAAGUCGCCAAAACUCUUAUGGAAACUGGGCUUGACUACAUUGAUCUUAUGCUCAUUCACGCUCCAUAUGGUGGGCGAGAUGCUCGUAAAGGUGCUUGGAAGGCUCUAGUUGAGGCUCAAGAAGAAGGAAAAAUUCGCAGUCUUGGUGUCAGCAAUUACGGUGUCCAUCAUCUCGACGAAAUGGAAGUUUAUAUAAAAGAACUCGAGGAAGAAAGAGGUAAGGGUAGAGGUGGCGUUAUUGAUGUUGGUCAGUGGGAACUUCAUCCAUGGCUUGCUCGAGCUGAUAUUGUCUCGUGGUGUGAAAAGCGAGGCAUCAUUCUAGAAGCAUAUUCCCCUCUUGUUCGUGGCGAGAGGCAUGACUCCGAACUGCUUCAACCACUCGCUAAGAAGUACAAUAAAACCUCAGCCCAAAUCCUACUAAGAUGGAGUUUACAAAAGGGCUUUGUGCCCUUGCCAAAAACUGUUACUCCCAGCAGAAUUAAGGAAAAUACCGACAUCUAUGAUUUCGAGCUCACUGCUGAGGAGAUGAAUGGGCUGGAAACAGGAGACUAUUAUGUGUGUGCUUGGGAUCCUACUGUCGCUACUCUGGAUCAAUAGAUGCAGCAAUAUGGAAAGUUGAUAGAGAUCUUGCAAAUUAAAAAAGAUGACGUGCGUUGGAGUUACCUAAUUUUGGCGUACAAAUCAUACAUUAUCAGCUGAGAUUUGUCCAAUGAACAAUCCCGUCAUCUACAACAAUUUUCUAUCUGUAUCUGAAUAGGGCAUAUAAAGGAGAUGGCCUACA